AUGCGGUCCAGUGCUGCUCAUACCAUGCUGAGCGUGAUAGCAGCGAUCCUGCCAUCGAGCCUGCUCCUAGCCCCGGUUGCUGCUCACUCACACAUCGCCUACGUGGUCGUCGACGGCCUGCUCUACCCUGGCUUCGACCCGAGACGCAAACCCAACCCAGCCAACGUGGUAGGAUGGUCAACGACGGUCGAGGACGACGGAUUCGUACCGCCGUCCAACUAUAGCAAACCCGACAUCAUCUGCCACUUGAACGGGUCUCCGGCGGCGGCUCACGUCCCCGUCCGGCCUGGAGACAAGAUGCACAUCCAGUGGAACGGCUGGCCGCUCUCACACGUCGGACCUGUCAUGUCGUACCUGGCACCGUGCUCGGGGAAGGCGGGCUGCGCAGAUGUGAACAAGACCGCUCUCGAGUUCUUCAAGAUCGACGACGGCGCGCCGGUACUGCUGAAUAGGACUGGAGGGCCGGGAACGAGGCCCGGCGUGAUGGGUCAGUGGGUGACUGACCUCCUCAUCGCCGCCAACAAUAGCUGGGUGGUCGAGAUACCACCGCAGCUGGCCCCAGGAGCCUACGUCCUGCGUCACGAGCUCAUCGCCCUGCACUACGCAGCGAGACCGGACGGCACACAGAACUACCCGCAGUGCAUCAACCUCUGGGUGGCAGGAGGAAGUGGCGGCAAUGGGGUGGCCACCAGCUCGGGGCCAAAUCUGAGCGUCGGCAAGGGGUCAGGCGUGCCAGCGACGAGGUUGUACAAGACCACCGACCCAGGCAUCUCGGUCGACGUGUCCAAGCCGCUCUCGACCUACAUCAUACCUGGGCCGCCAGUGGUCAGCGGCGCAGCGCCGGUCCCGAUGGCGAGCCAGACCAAGGCUGUGCUCAAGGGCAACGGCACGCCCCUAUUGGUCCAGGGCACGACAGCAGUGCCAUUUCCGGCGACGACGGCGACCAAAGAGACUGCGAGGAGAAGGGCGGAGAUGGUCGGGGGCGCGGGUAUAGUCUUGUGA